AUGGGCAAGAACAUUCUUAAUAUGAUGCUGGAGUGGUUUCUGACCAAGAACUACCAGUAUGUUCUGGCCUUGGUUUUUGCCAUUGACGAGAUCAACAGGAACCCCCAUCUUUUACCCAACAUUUCUCUGGGAUAUGAGCUCUACAAUGUCCUACAUAGUGAACAGAAGACAUUGGAGAGUACCAUCAAUUGGCAAUCAGGGCUGGGCAAGAACAUCCCUAAUUACACUUGUAGACCAAAGAGAAAAUCUGUAGCAGUCCUUACAGGAACAUCAUAUGAAAUGUCUGUCCAGAUUGGGACAUUGCUGUAACUAUACAAAGUACCACAGCUUUCCUAUGACCUUUUUGAUCCUAACCUGAGUGAUGAUAUCCAGAUUCCAUUUCUCUAUCAGAUGGCCCCCAGGGACACAUCUCUGGUCCUUGGCAUGGUCUCACUGAUGUUGCAUUUCAGCUGGACCUGGGUGGGGUUGGUCAUCUCAGAAGACAAGAGAGGUGUUCAGUUUCUCUGGGACUUGAGAGGGGAGAUGGACAGGAAUGGAGUCUGUGCAGCCUUUGUGGAAAUGAUUAUCAUCACUAAGAUGUCAUAUUCCUCACAGUACUGGCAGUAUUAUAUACAGAUGAAGGAAUCAUCAGUGAAUGUGGUUGUCAUUUAUGGUGACACUGACUCACUACUAGGUUUUAACUUUCAUAGAUAUCACUAUUUAAUAGUAUGGAAAGUCUGGGUCACCACCUCACAAUGGGACUUUAUCAACAGUGAAAGAAACUUUUUAUUUGACUCUUUCCAUGGGACCCUUAUUUUUUCACACCACCAUGGUGAUACCUGGUUUCAAACUUUUAUCCAGACAGCUAACCCUUCCAAAUACCCAGAAGACUUUUACCUCACUAAAUUCUGGUUUAUCUGUUUUAAUUGCUUGAUUUCUAAAUCUGACUGUAAAACCCUGGAGAAAUGUCCACCCAAUGCCUCCUUGGCAUGGUUGCCUUUUUGGGACUUUGACCAGGUCAUGACUGAAGAAAGUUAUAAUGUGUAUAAUGCAGUGGAUGCUGUGGCAUGGACCCUUCAUGAAAUGCUUCUUCAGCAAGCAGAAAUGCUCUCAGUGAGAAAUGGAGAUGGGCUGGGUUUUGACCCCUGGAGGGAGAGAACUAGUUCUUUAAGUGACUAUAUAAACUGGCUGCACCCAUUUCUGGGGAACAUCAAAUUUAACAAUCCUGCUGGUGACCCACUGAAUUUGGAUGAGGAAAGGAAAUUGGAUGCCAUUUAUGACAUUCUCAAUUUUUGGAAUGUUCCAGAAAGUUUUGCACUUAGAGUGAAAGUAGGACAAUUUGUCUUGGAUACAUCACAUGAUCAACAAUUGUCUAUAUCUGAGGAUUUGAUAGAGUGGGCCAUAGGAUUUUCAGAGGUAGGUACAGAUCAGUGUGUGAAAUGUCCAGAUCAUCAGUAUGCAAACAGUGAGAGGACUCACUGCCUCCAAAAGGCUGUGAACUUCCUGGCUUAUGGAGAUCCUUUGGGGAUGGCUCUGGUCUGCACAGCUCUUUGCCUCUCUUUCUUCACUGCUGUUAUUCUCUGGGUCUUUGUGAAGCACCGAGACACUCUCAUAGUCAAGGCCAACAACAGAGCUCUCAGCUACAUCCUGCUCAUCUCCCUCCUGUGCUUCCUCUGCUCCUUACUCUUUGUAGGUCGUCCUAACACAGCCACCUGCAUCCUUUGACAAAUCACAUUUGGAAUUGUGUUUACUGUGGCUGUUUCCACUGUCUUGGCCAAAACAAUCACUGUGGUUCUGGCAUUCAAGGUCACUGUGCCAAUGAGAAAGAUGAGGCAGUGGUUGAUGUCAGGGGCACCCAAAUCUGUUAUUCCCAUCUGCCCCCUAAUCCAGAUGACUCUCUGUGGAAAAUGGCUGGGAACCUCUCCCCCAUUCAUUGACAAAGAUGCACACUCUGAGCAUGGCUAUAUCAUCAUUGAGUGCAACAAGGGCUCCACUAUUGCUUUCUAUUGUGAACUAGGGUAUCUGGGCUGCUUGGCCCUCAGGAGCGUCAGUGUAGCUUUCAUGGCCAGGAACCUGCCUGACACCUUUAAUGAAGCCAAGUUCUUGACCUUCAGCAUGUUGGUGUUCUGCAGUGUUUGGGUCACUUUCCUCCCUGUCUACCACAGCACCAAGGGGAAGUUCAUGGUGGCUGUGGAGAUCUCCAUCUUGGCCUCCAGUGCAGGAUUACUAGGCUGCAUUUUUGCCCUAAAGUAUUAUAUUAUUUUGUUAAGGCCAGAUAUGAACAGUUUAGAUGUUACAAAAGAGAAGAUCUCUGCAUGCAGGAGAAUAACAUGGUAUGUAACUAAUAUAGGAAAGAUUUUAAUUGGAGACUGGCACUGA